CACUCUGGCAUCAGUGGCAUGGCAGUCCACCUGGAACCCCGGCCAGCGGCGGGCUCUUUCGCCUGGAAACGGGAACCGAACACCAAACCAACCAACUCCCCCCUCCCUUCCCGUGCCCCCACUCCAAUGAUCUGCCCAGUAGCCGCCUCCACCCCGCUCCUCUGCCCCAUCCCCGCACGCCUCUCGCGCCCACUGCUCCCCGAAACAGCAGUAGGCACACGGGCCACAGGCAAUUCCCAUCCCCGUCUCCGCCCGAACGGCAGAAACCUCCGCCGGUUCCGCUCCGGCCUCUCCCCCGCCCUCGCCGCGGCCGCGCCGACGAUGGACCUUUCUCCGCGGAAGGAUCUGUACCCGCACGUCGAGCCCUACGACACCGGCCGCCUCAAGGUCUCCGACGUCCACACGAUCUACUACGAGCAAUCCGGGAACCCCGGCGGCCAUCCUGUCGUCUUCCUCCACGGCGGCCCUGGAGCUGGGACGUCGCCGGGGAACCGGAGGUUCUUCGACCCGGAGUUUUACAGGAUCGUGUUGUUCGACCAGAGAGGCGCGGGCAAGAGUACUCCUCAUGCUUGUUUAGAGGAGAACACGACCUGGGACUUGGUGUCUGACAUUGAGAAGCUCAGGGAGCAUCUGGACAUUCCGGAGUGGCAGGUGUUUGGCGGUUCGUGGGGAAGCACCUUGGCGCUUGCUUACAGCCAGACUCACCCUGACAAGGUCACUGGCAUUGUUAUAAGAGGCAUUUUCUUGCUCAGGAAAAAAGAGCUUGAUUGGUUCUAUGAGGGUGGUGCAGCAACCAUUUUCCCAGAUGCAUGGGAACCAUUUAGAGAUUUUAUUCCAGAGGACGAAAGGAAUUGUUUCAUAGCUGCAUACAGCAAAAGGUUAACUUCCUCUGAUGCUAAUCUCCAGAUUGAAGCUGCUAAGAGAUGGACAAUGUGGGAGAUGAUGACUGCACAUCUUAUUCAAAAUCAUGAGAACAUCAAACGGGGGAAUGAUGACAAGUUUUCAUUGGCAUUUGCACGGAUUGAAAACCACUACUUUGUGAAUAAGGGUUUUUUACCCUCUGAUUCACACCUACUGGACAACGUUGACAAGAUUCGGCACAUUAAAGCCUUUAUUGUACAGGGCCGGUAUGAUGUUUGCUGUCCUAUGAUGUCUGCUUGGGAUCUUCAUAAAGCUUGGCCCGAAGCUGAAUUUAAGGUGGUUCCGGAUGCAGGACAUUCGGCCAAUGAAAUUGGCGUCGCUGCUGAACUGGUAUCAGCUAACGAAAAGUUUAAAAGCAUGUUGAGAAAAUGACGAGGCAUAAAACCCACAGCACCUUCAGAAGCAUUUUCGCUCGUUUUCAUUGGGUGACCUUGUGCAAUAAGAACCGGUACACGCUAGCAGUUAAUAGCAACUUAGCACGGCCUGAUUGUAUGAGCCAAACGAUUCUCCAUUCAAUCAGAGUUUGCCAUUGCAAUUUUGUUCUAGGUUAUUUUCAAAUCUAUUUUGAGAUUA